AUGGUUAACCAUUGUUACUUUAGUGUACUACAACAAGUUGAACCUAAUCUCAGAGGUGGAGAUGUUGAUUCACAUUUAUUGGAAUGUGAACUGAGAUGGAUUGUCCGCCUUAGAGCGGACAAAUUCCCUGGUGUCAAUGAUAGAGUCCAGGUUAAACCAUUACUACCUCUAGAACAUGUUGCUAUGGUAGUGCAUAAUCUGAGUAGUUCAGUAGUGACAGAGUUUAUGUUCGCAGGUUUUCUACACCUUCAUAACUAUUAUACUAUUUUCUUUAUUUUAUUUUUGCUGAUUUACUCAACAGUAAUUAUUGGGAACAGCCUGAUCCUUGCAGCAGUAAUAACAAAUAGAAAACUGCAUACACCAAUGUACUUUUUUCUUAGCAAUCUUGCAGUAAUUGAUUUAUUUUAUACAACCACUGUUAUUCCCAGAAUGUUAACUCUGUUUAUUGUAGAUUCUCAGACUAUUUCUUUCAGUCUCUGUUUCGUGCAACUGUGCUUUUUGCAUGGGUUUGGAAUAGCUGAAGCUUUCCUUCUUGUUGUCAUGGCAUAUGACCGCUAUGUUGCCAUUUGCAGUCCUCUGCAUUAUCAAAAUAUUAUGACAAAUAUGGUUAAUAUCCUAUUGGCAGCAAACACUUGGAUAUUGCCAUUCAUAAUUGUAAUACCAAUUGUUAUUCUGGCAGCACAAUUACCUUUCUGUGGACCUAAUAAAAUCCAUCACUGUUUUUGUGAGCAUGUGUAUGUUAUUAAACUUGCUUGCACUGAUAUCACACCACAUGUUUAUCUUGGGUUUUCAGUUGCCAUGACUGUAUCGUUUAUUCCUUUAUUCCUUGUUGUUUUCUCUUAUAUUAAAAUAUUAACUGCUGUUUUUCAGCUUGCUUCCACUGAAGAACGUCUCAAAGCAUUAUCAACGUGUACCUCUCAUAUCAUGGUUGUUUCCUUUUAUUAUGUAUCAAUCAUUGUUGCUUAUGUUUCAUACACAACAGACAAUAUUGCUAAUGAUUUUCAUGUGGCUAGCACAAUUUUCUGUGCGAUACUAACUCCAACAGUGAAUCCUGUAAUUUACACGCUGAGAAACAGAGAUGUAAAAUCAACAGUUACAAAGCUUAUAAAGAGCGUUCUGAAAUACUAG